AAUGGUACCAGUGAACACUUCCAAAGGAAAAGUACUUUAAUCAGAUUUCCCUAACUCAUGCUUUUGUAAAGAAGAACUUACACAACAAUAAUGUGGGAGAAAAACGCAAGGUUACUUAGACGAAGUCUAUAUAACUGCAAUCCAGAUAAUCCUCGAUGAUUUUCCUUUAGUACCAAUAGUGUCACAGUGUGAUAAUGCGUGCUGCCAUCAUCAUUUUAAUUUGUGCCGCCACCGUCCUUUCAACCCAUGGGUACGCCAUCGGGUACUCUGAUCUCGUCAGCUCGGAAACUUCGUCUUCAUAUGGGUCCUACAGCCAGGGGUACACUACUGGUACCGGAUAUUCAUCCAUGUACCCAAUGUACAGUGGGUACAUGUCUUACCGUCCAAUGGGGAAUUACGGGUAUAAUGGGAUCGGUUAUGGUAGCAUGUACAGGCCGUACUAUGGGUACAGUGGUAGCUACUACAGGCCUUACUCCAACUACAUGAGCUACAGUCCGGGUUACUACGGCGGUCUUUAUGGUAGCUCGCUUGGUGGACUUUAUGGUAGUUCGCUUGGUGGUUAUGGAAGCUACUACGGAGGCUACGGUACCAACUGUGUAGGCAUGUACCGACCAGGCUGCUACGGGUACUACAGCUACUAUAAAAAAUAACCAUAUUUUGUGAUCAUAGUUUAGGUUCGACUUUGUACGCCAUUUUGUUAUUACGAUUCAUUAUAAUAAAAGUUGAAAAAUGUUUACGUA